AUGGGGAAUUGUGUUGGCUGUGUUGUCCCUGAGGUGUGUAAGAGGGUGUGUGGGACUGAGGUGGGCUGCUCCAACAUCGCCUAUCCCAAACUGGUGGUGUCCAUCAUGCCAAAUGGUCUGCGAGGUCUGAUGCUGGCUGUGAUGCUGGCUGCUCUCAUGUCCUCUCUGGCGUCCAUCUUUAACAGCAGCAGCACUCUGGACAUCUGGACCCGCAUCCGACCGCAGGCCACCGAGCGAGAGCUGCUGAUCGUGGGUAGGGUGUGGGUGCUGUGCAUCGUGUGCGUCAGUAUCUGCUGGAUCCCCAUGGUGCAGGCAGCUCAGAGCGGCCAGCUGUUCGACUACAUCCAGUCCGUCUCCAGCUACCUGGCUCCACCCAUCGCCUCCGUCUUCCUGCUGGCUGUGUUCGUGAAGAGGGUCAAUGAGAAGGGUGCGUUCUGGGGUCUGAUGGGUCUCUGCAGGAUGUUGCCUGAGUUCUGGUUCGGUUCUGGCAGCUGUAUUUUCCCCUCGAGCUGCUCCUUCUUGGUGUGUGGGAUCCAUUACCUGCACUUUGCCAUCAUUCUGUUCUUCUGCAGCUCAGUGCUGGUGCUGCUGGUCAGCCUCUGCACACCGCCCAUCCAGGAGCAACAUCUCCAUCGUCUGGUGUUCAGCCUGCGUCACUCCAAAGAGGAGGGGAAGGAUUUGGACUGGGAGCAACAGGAGGAAGGGAGAAGAACAGACAAAUUAGUAGGGGGGUCUCCCCGGCCCCCGAGGAUCAACCUGAGGCCUCGGAGAAGCUCCCGGACAUCAGCGAGGCCCUGGUGUGGAAGUACACUGGACGCUAACGCUCUCAUUGUGAUGGCUGUAGCAGUGUUUGUGUGGGGAUACUAUGCUUAG